UCCAAUGGUUGAGUUGGAGCAAGAUGAACUAUACGCCCGGCACAGCCAGCCUGAUAGAAGACAUUGACAAAAAGCAUUUAGUUGUACUUCGAGAUGGAAGAACAUUAAUAGGAUACUUGAGGAGUGUAGAUCAAUUUGCUAAUUUGGUUCUUCAUCGGACAGUGGAACGAAUCCACGUAGGAAGGAAAUACGGUGAUAUUCCAAGAGGGAUUUUCGUUGUCCGAGGAGAAAAUGUGGUGCUUCUGGGGGAAAUAGAUCUAGAGAGGGAGACCGAUACCCCUUUGCAGCGAGUGUCAAUUGAGGAGAUUCUGGAAGCUCAAAGAGUUCAGCAGCAUGAAAAGCAAGAGGCAGAAAAGGCAAAAAGUGAAGCGUUAAAAGAGCGAGGAUUGUCCAUCCCUCGUACUGAUGCUCUUGAUGAAUACUAAAUAAAAGUACAAUACCAGACUUUUAAUCCAGCUUUAAGGAACUUGACUUAGUAGGUCUUCCUGCUGAACUUGCAUAGAUUGUAUCUAAAAAUGACUGAACUAAAAAGAAAAUGUUUUUAAACUAUAUUUUACAAUGGUGAGUAUGAAUUGCUGUACUUUUAAAAGACCAUGCAUCAGAAAGAAUAUAUUGAGCAACUUCACUGGUUUUCAGGCUCCGCCCUCUUGGUCUGAAAAUGUAAUGAGAAAAAGUCUUCACCAUAAUGAACCUUUAGCCAGAAGAGAUGGCCUUCCCAUUCUGUGACGGGAUGAUAAUAUUAAUCAAUGCAUUAUUCAUCAAUACAUUUUCUUGCAUAAACUGAAUUGAUAUGCAUUUACUGAAAAUAACAAAUUUUCUUAUAGUUCAGAAAAUUGAAGUUUUUGUUUAGUUAAUAAAUAAUAUGAUUUCAAAUCAUUUGUUUGCCAUAUGUAAUUCAUUGUUCACAAAUUAGGUGCUGUCUUUGUAUAAGGAACAAAGUCACCACACUUGACAUUGGUUGUGAACUGCUCUAGGAUAUCUCGAAUGUUGUUUAAAUUGCGUUGAUGCAAUUUUUUAAUAAACUAGUACAGUAAUUCCCUUUAUAA